AGGCGGCGCAGGAUAUAAUUUGCUGAGAAAAACUUCUUAAAAAUUGUCAUUUCAUGAUUAACAAUUUAAAUACAAAUUACUGAUGGUAACCAGGUGUUUAUAAACCCUCGGACCCUCUUAGUAGAGACUUCAAUAUCUGCCGAAUCAUUUAAAACAUAUGAAAAUGUCCUAGUUUGCUCGUUUGUCGUAUUGCAUUACCCCUUCUACAAUAACAAAUGUAACCUUCAUCACGUCUCUUAAAUGUCUCUCCUUUCCUUGGUGAUGGAGUGGAUGAUUGUGCUGUUGUGUGGCUGUUUACAGUUCUAUAUCAGUGAUGCUUGUGUGAACCGACAAGAUGAAAACAUGCCCUAUGGUGGCGUGAUUUCUGUUGAAAAUUAUCCGGAAGGAGUCACCAACUUGUUCCGCUGUAACUGGUAUAUCUAUAGACAAGAUGGGUAUAAGAAGCUAGCAGUCACUCUGAAACAUAUUGAAUUUGUUGGUGAAAGUCGGUUGAUCAUCCACACAGCUAAGCCAAGUGAACAUUCCACAGAGACGCUGGUGUUUGAGACCACAACGAACCAGAUGGGAAAUGAGACAUUUGUGACAGAUGCUCCGUACUUUUACUUUGAGAUCAGAACAACUCGAGGCACUGUGACAGAAUUUGCCGUUCAGUAUUUGUCGUACAAUGAACCAAACUCAGGUGUGUGUCCCGUAUCUUCCCAAAGUCAUGUAAAUAGUGACGACUUCCUAUGCAACGAUAACAAGUAUUGUAUAAAUAAAGGCUUGAAAUGCAACGGAGACCAGAACUGCCUGGAUGAUUCUGAUGAAGGAAGCGUAUGUAGAAAUAAUAUAGCAGUGGUAAUAGGUGUCAUCUUAGGUAUUAUCAUCGGUGCACUAGUGAUAUUAUUAACCACUUAUCUCCUAAUACGAUACCAUCAACAGAAGCACCCAGAUAGUUUCUUCCGUGAUCCGUUUGGCUACGAGCCUCAUCGUAACGAGCCUUCUGCCCAUUUCUCAGCUGGGGCGGGAAAUCAGAAUGGCAUAGCUCGCCAGACAGAUCCACCAGUCGUAGUUGUGGGGGAGAUAAGUCCGACCAUUCAAGUCUGAUGUCAAAAACUAUUGCGCAAGCACUACUUCAAGAUACAUUCCUCUCAGUGUUGUGGAGUAAUGUGGGUCAUGAUUAGGAUCACAUACUGUGUCAAUGCUAUCAAGCUGGAUGGCUGAUUAUACAUGUAAGAUAGGUCUUUUAUACAGGCCCCCCUGAACCAGCUUAAUAACAUCAUCAUACUAGAUGUGUCAAUAUAUAAUUCAUGCAUUUAUGUACGAUUUGAAGAAAGAUAUUUAGGAUGUUUUAUCAUGAAGAUUUUGAAGUUAUAAGAGGUGUUUUGAAUUGAGCACAUUUAUAAAGUGUGGUUACUCAGUCUGCAAGAGGUCUCUUGUCCCUUUAGUCUGUUUGAACUUGUUCUAACUUGGAUGAAAAUCGUGGCAAGGUUCAAGGGUAUCUGCAUUGUUAUUUUGUGUUCUCUGGGCUGCUUACUUGAAAACAUGUUUUUGUACACAAAUGUUAUUGAUAUGGUUAUACUUGAAAGGGUUUAAGUGAUAUGUGUAUGUGAAAAUUGGUUUGCUAAGAAACUAUUUAUAUUUUGAUACAUUUCGUUGAACAAGUGAACUACUUAUUUUUUUGAUGAGACAAUGUCAAGUAAUGACCGCUAGUUUGUGUGACAUCUUAGAUUUACUCAAAUUGAAGUCUUACAAAUUCUGCUCAUUAUUUGUUGUAAUGUAAAGAAUGAUGUACAAAUUGUCAAUUCUUGUGUGUAUAUUUCAUUAUCAUCAAAUGCAGAGUGUCUCAAGACAAUCCCAGGCCAACACUAUUGAAGACUAGCGAGCUCCUGUUUACAGAAUGAAUCAAAGAAUGUACUCAAACUGUUUGUUUACACUUCCUGUGAAAAUGUGCCGUGUCGUCUGUAAAUGUAUGCGAGGGGUAGCAUUGUUUUCCAGACAGUCCUUCUUUGAAAGGCAUCUAAAUGACUUGCCAUGCUUGUUUAUUUUGAACUGCUGGAGACAAUUGUGAUAUAUUCUCAAGUACAAACGGACCAGGACUCUCACCAUCUUGUGAGAGCUGUGAUGUUACAUAGGAUGUGGUUGUAUCCAAGUUGUUAUGGUGUAACUUGUAUAUUUUAUAUUAUAUAUGGAUUUGUGCAACUUUCCUUCUGUCCACGAAAA